AUGAAGUAUGAUCGUGUUGUGGUUGUCAAGGAGGAAGCUAAGGAAAGCGACGAAGAGACCAGUCUUAAUUCUUCGAAGCCUUCAAAGCCAUCAAAGCCAUCGCAAUCAUACCCUAUGCCAAAGCGCAAUCUCAAUGACCAGCCCGAACCAGUACCAGGCAGCAGUCUGAGUCAAAGGCGCUCUCUGUUUACCAGUCUUAAGCAUCGCGUCUGCAAGGCUUUUCACGCACUACUUUCCGACUACGAACAGACCAACCUCAGACAGCGCAUCCGUAAGGCUAUUUACGUACUAUUUCCCAACCAGGAACAAGCCGAGUUCAAGCAGCGCGUUACCGAGGAUGUCCACAAAGCCCUCUUCGCGCAUCCCGCCGAAUACGCCAAGAACAUGCGCGAGUUAGCCAGUCAACUUCUACUUAGUGAAGAUGAUGAGGCUUGGCUGGAGCAUCUGGAGCAGUGUUCUGCUACCGAUAUCAUGAGCUUGGACGUCUGGUCCUUCGCCCGAGAUGGGUCGGGUGCCAAACACGAACCGCCCUAUCACUCUGAUAACGACACUCGCAUGCCCCGCAAUGCAGACAUGCCUGUCUCCCGCUUCAACUUCGACAUAUUCAGCUGGAUCGUCGCCAUCGCAUCGUAUCUGGAAGUCUACAAACGCCGCUUGUUCCAGCCACUGAGAGCCCUCUCGAACUCCUGUGUUCAGCGUAUCUCCACCUGGUUCGCGGAAUGUUGCAAACUCUACGAGCGCUGCUCAUUCCAGUCAUUGAAAGCCUUAUUGGUUGACUGCGCGCAUCAUCUCACUACCAAGAUACUGAGCAUUUGGAGUUCCAUAUGGCCAUCGUCCGCGACCGAAUGCUGUUUCUGUCAAUGGAAGAAGAGGUAUGGCUACGUGAAGAGAUAUUCCGCGCAGUCUAUCGCAAAGAUCAACUUCAAGAGCAUACCUGAGGUAUGUUCCUGGAUUCUCGACACGGCUGCUUCGAUUCACGUUACGAAUAACAAGGCGUGGCUGCACGAUUUUGUUUCGGCUCGGGCUGAAGCUGAUACCAUUGCCACACAAGAUGGCUCCCAACUGGCCAUAGAUGGAUGGGGUUCUGCGCUACUGGUGGUCUCAGAGAAGGACGGUGUGAGAAAGGAAGUGAAGCUGGAACGCGUCGCAUAUGCACCAGCUGCGAGACAUAACGUGGUAUCGAUUCCAACACUGGCCGAAAUCCACCACUACAAUGGAAAUUGGAACCACACAGAGAUGAGAGUAUUCGAUAAACAUGGAGAUGAAGUGGCAGUCGCACCACUACACUCGGGCCAGUUCCAUCUCAAUAUCUUGAACGCUCCGCAGUCCCAGUGCCAUCCCUAUGAGAGGGAUGAACAAGUUGAAGCGAGAAUAUCCAGUCCAAAAGCUACCACAGGAAUACAUCGCAACAUCCAGGCUAUCCUCAAGUGGCCGCACCGCUCGCAUCUCAAUACCAACAUGACAUGUCACAGCAAGCCUUUCGCCCCACCCCGCAGUAUCAAGAGGCAGUGCGUCAACACGAAGGGCAUCGCCCUCUACCAUAUGUGA